AUGGGAAACACCGAGAAGAAGUUGAUGAACCAAAUAGUGCAGCUCAAAAUCACGUCCAAAACCCUCGCACGCCAAGCCAAAAGAUGCGUCAAGGAAGAGAAAUCCGAGAAGCUCAAAAUCAAAAAGGCCAUGGAGAAAGGCAACUUCGACGGCGCUCGUAUCUAUUCCGAGAACUCAGUCCGGAAGCGCACCGAACAACUCAACUAUCUCCGACUAUCUUCCCGCCUCGAAGCCGUCGCAGCUCGUCUCGACACUCAGGCCAAGAUGAACACGAUAUCCAAGUCGAUGCGCAGCAUUGUCACGUCACUCGAGUCCUCCUUGGCCACCGGAAAUCUCCAGAGGAUGUCGGAGACGAUGGAGAGGUUUGAGAAUCAGUUUGUCAGCAUGGAGGUUCAGGCUGAAUUCACGGAGAAUGCUAUGGCCGGGUCGACGUCGCUUUCGACACCGGAAGAGGAGGUUAACAGUCUCAUGCAGCAAGUUGCGGAUGAUUACGGGCUUGAGGUGUCUGUGGGAAUGCCUCGGCUGGUUGGUCAGGCCGUGAAGAUGGAAGAAGGUGAAAAGGAAGAAGAGGAUGAUGAGAAUGACCUUUCCAAGAGGCUUGCGGAGCUCAGGGCUAGGGGAACUUAG